GUUUUGGAAACAGACCGAAGCCAAAACACGCGCCAAAUUUCAUUGUGGUUGUUGUCGGCGGAUGAAAUCGGGAGAAUCAAGUGCUGCCUGAAUGUUGAGAAAACUGAAGACAUGAACGGUUUAAAACUAUAUCUGUUAUCAGACAUUCAGUCGCCUCCUGUGGAACUUACACGGUCCGACGGCAGUCUGUUUUUCUACAGCAGGCUACCGGUGCCACUCCCAGACUCCGUGGUGCUUUUCUCACUGGGAAAGUUUCCCAGCAACAAAGAAUCCAAGAAGACUGGCACAACACUUGAUGUGAGCAUCACCCUCGGGGACGACAGGAUACAGUUUGGUUCACUCGACAAACACACGAGAUGUAUUCUGUGGGAGAAGACCAAGGACACAGCAAAGCUGGAACACAGCAACAGCGCUGUGUCGCUGGCCAAGCUGUGUGUGGAGGUGCAGGGGGGUGACCACAGCUACGACAGCAGCCUCGCAACACCGACCACGGAGGAAGAAGUGGUCAAGAAGCAGGAGAACAUACAGGAGGAAAACGAAAACACCCCACAGCUGUCCACACCCUCGCCGUUGCCACGGAAACAGAAGAAGCGCGGCCGUGAGAGCACAGACGAGACUCCGGAGGCUCCCAGCGCACGCAAACAGAAACUGAACACUAGGAUGAGGGCUCUGAAGAAUGAAUUCAAAACUCCAAAGAAAUAUGGCAAGAAGAAUUCUGAAACUGUAGGAACACCUGUACUCCGAGUCAACAAUUCUGCCAUACUGCCCAAGACUGGUCCAAGACUCUCACGGUGUAAAGAUGUCUCAAUCAGGGCUCCGAGUCCCAGCAGCCGAUGGGGGUCGUCCAUGUGCAUGAUCCACAACAACCGCGCAGUCUUGGUCGGUGGCCAGGGUGAUCGGCAGCAACUGAGCCGCGACGCAGUGUGGACGCUCGACCCAGACACCCGGCGAUGGAGGUCGCCAGAGUUGACAGUGGAAGGUCAGAAGACUGAGUACCGCAUGGGACACAGCGCCACCUACGACCCCACGGCGCGGUGUAUAUAUGUAUAUGGGGGAUCUAAAAACCUGAAGUGGUUCCAUGACGUGCAUAUGUUGGAUGUGGACGAGUGGAAGUGGCAGCUCAUCAAGGUUAACGGCAAAGCCCCAACGAGAUCCUACCACAGCGCGACACUGUACCGCCAUGAGCUGUGGAUAUUUGGGGGGGUGUAUCCCCGACCUGACCCAAACCCCGAUGGUUGCAGUAAUGAGAUCCACAUCUUCAGCCCAGUCAUGGAGAACUGGUACUGCCCCAUCGUCACCGGGGAUAAACCUGCACCUCGCUCCGGACAUUCCGCCACGCUCAUCAAGGACCAGUUGGUUGUGUUUGGAGGAUGGGACGCCCCGAUCUGCUUCAACGACUUAUACAUUCUGGAUAUGGGUACUGUUGAUUGGUCCAAGCCAGAGGUCAAGGGGAUGCCACCAAAAGCACGAAGUUGGCAUGCUUCCUGCGCUCUCAGCAACAACCGCAUCCUCAUCCAUGGCGGGUAUGACGGCAACAACGCACUGGACGACACCCACAUCUUCAACCUAGUGGAGAGGAGCUGGAGCUGUAUCCGUGUUGACGGUGCGCCCACUGCCAGGGCUGGCCACCUCUCCAUCUGUCUGCCGUACAGCCAUGAGAACCAGGAGGAGGACGAGGUCAUCAUCUUCGGGGGAGGAGACAACGACGGCACAUUCUUCAACGAUCUGUUCAGCCUCUGCAUCCCCUUCCUGCCAGUAAGGGAGGAGCUGGAGGCCAGCCAGAAGGGAGGGAAGGCUUGAUGGAACGAGGCAGAUUGUCACGCACUGAAUCACAAGACUCAACUGUCAUCCUAACCAUUCACCAUAUUCCCCCAUCACUACCAUGAGACCUCAACCACACCCUUAUCCUCAUCACCCCUCAUCCUCAUCACAACCUACCUACCCCCCCCCCCCAACAAUCACUCUCCCUUCCCUAAGCCCCUCCACCCAGUCACAAGGUACUCCCUCCCCCCAUCUCACAGUGUGUCACGGUGUCAAGGCAGCACGGAUCUAUCGGCCAGCUUGAAUGGCACGGUGUCAAGGCAGCACGGAUCUAUCGGCCAGCUUGAAUGGCACGGUGUCAAGGCAGCACGGAUCUAUCGGCCAGAUUGAAUGGCGAUAGAUCCAACACAUGUAUACACUUAAUGGUGUGUUACUCAGUCUUUUCUUGAUGAUGCUUGAAUGAAAAUGAAUGGAUUGUGUUUUAUUUGUACAUUAUGAAUCUUAUUCAGUAUACAGAUCUGCUACUGAUUAUGGAUUUAUGAAAAAUUAAUUCAUGUUCAUCAACAGCAGAAUCAGACAGUGUUUUACAACCAUGAAUAUUCUUGUAAAUAAUUCAGAGUUCAUAUGAUAUUAAAGUCAAGUGCAUUUGAUUUUAAGCGGCUAUUGUCCUGCAGUUGUUACCAGUGCACAGGCCUCCCUUCUGGACAGUGCUAUUUACCGUUUAUAUGUAGGCACGCAUAAUUAAUAUAUAUAUAUAUAUAUAUAUUUGUUUUAGUCCAACGGUUUUAUUGUCCAUGAUUUUAGGUUGUCUGACUGUGUAAUGGUCACAGAGAUCUGGGAAUGUAAUCUGAAAACAUGGAUGAUAUAUGUAAUAUCCAUAAUUUUACUGUUUAUUUGUAUUUUUAGUGGUUCUGCUCGUUGAUCUGCUCCAUGUGUAAAUACUACUACUUCACCUUGGCCAUUCACGGAAAUGUAUUUUUAAAUCAUUUGAUUGUCCUUUUAUGAUGAAUAAAAAUUUUAGUGCCUUA